AGCACCAACACCUUCUCUGCCGGAUAUGGAAGCCCUUCUUUAGUUUUGCACCUGCUGAGUCUAGAGUAACAUGCUUUUGUGAGCACAAACUAGAGGGGAACAGACAACACCAGUGUGAUUUUGGUGAUGGUGUGACUGUCCUGGACAAAGUUGUAGGGGGGGUGCCAUAUCUGGCAGGAGAAAUACCUGCUCUGCUGAACAUGUUGUGUAGAGAACAGUGCAGAUAUUCCCUAUGGACACCAGGAUUAACCUAGUCUAAAAUAAGGAACAUUAAUAGUGUGAUAUAGGCACAGAUAUAAGAUCAAUACUACACUUUAUUUUAGGGCACCUUUCAAAAACAUUCAAUGUCACCUUAAAAUAAAAAUUAAAUAUGAGUGGCAUUACAAUACAAAAAUGUGUUGAGUUGGAAACCACAGAGGAAAAUUACAUUCAAAGGAGCAAUUCAAGCGAGUGAAGCCAGUUUGAACAAAUGAUCUUUUAGGCUUGAUUGAAAAUAACCCAGUGUCUGACAUUAUCAUAUGUUAUAUGUCAUUAAUGUUAUAUCAUUGCUUACUAUUUGUGGUUAUCAAGUAUCAGACACUUAAACAACAGAGAAGGUUUUAAGAAAUAGGACUAUACUGACAAAUGACAUCUUAUCCUUUCAUUCUCUGUUCUGUAGGAAGGAGGAACAUAACAGAGUGGGACUACACUUACAAAUGGAAGUUUGUUCCAAUACGAAGAUUGUGACAGAUCUGAAACGUGUCCUUAAAACGAGCCUCCUCGUAAUUGUAUGCACAUUAUUUAUUCAGCCGUUUGCUGUUUAAUCUGAUGGGAAAUACAUCAUUCAAAAGAGACAAAGUAAAUCAUUUAUUUCGUUUUUCCGCUUAAGCGAACGCUCAAUAAACGAGAUGACGUCAUCGUUGCGCGUCCCCGCGAACAGGGCUUCUGGCUUCAAUCUGCGGCAAGCCUUCAACCUACGGUACAACACCACCUGUUGUUCUGUGGUUCUCCAGAUUCUAUAGAUGGCCAGUCCGCCCCUGCGUCACGCUUACGUCGGAGGCAGGGGCGGGAUCAACCACCCGAGCAAUAACAGUUUAUGGCGAUAUUGUGACUCUUACUUUUAUACUUGUAUUGCUACUUUUACUUAAGUGAAACACCUACAUAUGAUUUAUAACACUGCAAUGUGUAUAACUUUACUACCAUGGAUGUAUAAAGGGAUACAGCUUCAUCAUAGGAUGGCUAUGAUUAGUUGCUCAUGAAGCCCAAAAUGUAGCGACUAGGAAUUCAGAAAAGCCCCGCCUCCAUUCUCCCGCUCUCGGCUCAGUGAAGAGAGAAAAGAGUCAGCUCUUAGCGCAUGUUACAACUCUUAGACCCCAAUGAUUAAAAUAAUGGCUAUACAAAUAUUCGUGCUAGGUAGUCAAUUUAGCUCAAAAAGAAUACGCUGAUUUACAUACGUCUCUUUCCCAAUGUAAAUCAAUGGGUAAAAGUAUUGUUGGGCUAAAAUGACGUCACGGAAGCUGUAGUGCCACCGUUUGGCCACUACGGACAUUCAAAAAACUGGCUUCAACGUCCGGCGUACUUUCCGGGGGCUUUUCUCACGACAGUCGCAUUUAAUUUACGUCAUGAAUCUGAACAGCUGAUCGCCAGUCGUCAGCUAUGCGCCACACGUUGACAACACACUGCACGAGUUUCACCUUGUUGUGAAGUUACUUGGACAGGGUGAACCUCAGACAGCAUCGCGGAAAUGCCGAAGUACUGCUCGGUACCGAACUGCAGGAACGAGUCCGGGCCCGGCGGAGACCGGAAGAGCUUCUACAAGUUCCCUCUGCAGGACCCGGCCCGGCUGCAGCAGUGGCUGAGCAACAUGAGGCGGGGGAACUGGACCCCCUCUAGACACCAGUAUAUUUGCCAUGAGCAUUUCCCGCCUUCAUGCUUCAAGAAACGGGAAGCCACAGAUCACAGUGAGAGGAAGCCGAAACAGCUUCGAGCUAACAGUCAUCAAAGCACGGCAGUGGAGACGGACUGCACGUUACAAACAGUACACCUGUACGAGAUAACUGUGGACCCGCACCAGAGGGGGGAAACCAACCUGGUGGAGCUAAGUGAUGUUGGAGAACCUGGGCGCUCAGACUUAACCGGGGACGGAUUCCAAAGGGCAGCUAAUUUCCCGUUAACUUUAUUCCAGACGGUAAAUGACGUGAGUAACAGCGGAGAAGUGGUGGUGAUGUCUGAGUGCCCUGCUGGUGAAGGGCAGGAGGAGCUGCUGAGUGGAAUCACCGCUGCACUUUUAACUCAGGGCCACAGGCUGGUCAUGAACGUCUCCACACUGGGCUGUUCAGGUGAGGGUGUAGCCCCCCUCGGGGUUGAAGGUGUGACUUGUGCCACAGAGGAAAUCACCGGAGGACAUGAAACUCAAGUCAUCGCUUACUUUGAGGCGAUACCAAGCACUCUCCCUGCAGAGAACCCCGCCCUGCCCUCCUUAUCCCCGGACACUGUGCUGUCCUCCGCUCUGAGCUCCAAGCCCAUCUCCUCCACUCUGCCCAUAGUGUCCAAACACCUGCCCCCCUCCUCCAAGUCCCUGGUCCUCACCAUGGAGAGACAGGACACAGAUGAGGGAGACGACGACAUGUCAGAAGAGGACGCCACGGAGCAGCAGCUGGAGGAGCACUGCUACCAUAAGAACAGCCUGAGUAAGGAGCAGUUGGAGGCCAUCGUGUCCGAGCUGCAGAAGAAGGUGAAGAUGCUGCAGCAGAGACACCGCCGACACCUGGAGAAACUCCUGGGCCUGGAGAACACCGUCAGCCAGCUGAGGCAGAACAACCUGCUGAACGAGGAGCGGCUCCAGCUGCUGGAGAAGGCUUACAUUCAGAGCAGUGCAGCAGUGUCAGACUCUGGGGAGACGGUGACCAUCAUCUAUGAAGUGGACGAUGCAGCAUACUUGUAUACUCCGCUGGUAAAUGCAGACUAAGAGCUGUGAGACUGACUGUCCCCUCUGUGUGUCUGUCCACUGCCACAUGGCUAUUGCUGCUUAAAAAACAAAAUACUGCCUAAUUACUUUCCCUGUUUACUAAAUGAGAUUUGUGUUUGGAAUGUGGAGCUUUGCACACAUAUAGAUGAGUUGUAUGGGACAAGAUUGAAUGUGUUCUUUCUUUCAUAAGGUUUCUUUCACUGAAAAAAUGUCAACAGAUUUCACAUAAUUGUAUUAGGUUAGGUAAACGCAAUAAUAUUAAGUUUAAAUUUGAAAUAUUAUGUUCAACUUAAUGUUAUUGCUUUCAACUAACCUAUUUAAGUUUUGUGUAAUCUGUUGACAUAAUACAUUUAAAGUUAACGUGUAAAAAUGUUCAGUGUUCUGCUGCCAAUCCCCCUAUUACCCUCAACCACUCUUUGUUUUACUUCCAAGUGUUUUUGUUUGUGAUAAUGUAAAUAUCAAAUUAAAAAAAUGAACUUCCAUUUA